CAAAAAUGACACAGAAUGAUUCAGACACAUGAUGCUGCAGCAUUGUUUAUGGGUGAAAAUACUGUCUUGCUGUACUUCUGAACAUGCUCGUGUGACAGAUGAGUGGAAAGGUAUUAUGACAGGUCAAUGAUACGGCAUGCAGUGAUACGACAUGUAACUUCGGAUGUAUUUCGUUUAAAUUAAAAAUAAAUAUUAGAGAAACUGUUUUCCAAACAACAUGAAAGGUUAUUGUGCACAAUAUUGAAAUCCUUGGUAAAAAAUAGUUUAAAUUAUAGUAAUAUUUAUGGUAAAUAUCGACAAAGUUAAAAAAAAAAGUACCAGUAUGAGCCCGAUCGCCGUACCAGAUGCGGAUCGAUUGGCAAAAAUUUGUUAUCAAACAUUUGAAUCCAUAUCGAAAACCGGCAAGCCAAUUCUUGGAAAGGAAUGGACAGUACUUUCGUGUAUCGCGAAAUAUGAACAUCACACCAAAGACUUGGAGGUGGUGUCUCUGGGAACUGGAACCAGAUGUAUCGGCCGAAGUUUGUUGAGCAACCAAGGUGACAAACUGAAUGAUUCACAUGCCGAGGUGAUGUGUCGUAGAGGUUUUCUCCUUUAUCUAUACGAUGAAAUAUCCAAAGCCAUGGAUCCAGAGGAGAAUUCCAUAUUUUCAUUCAACGAGAGUAAGAAAAAAUUCGAAAUUUCAUCAGACAUUUCAUUUCAUUUCAUGACAACCUUUGCACCGUGCGGAGAUGCGAGUAUAUUUGACAUUGAAUCAAGUAGGAGCGAAGAGGUUAUUGAACCAAGUGAGAGUAAGAGAUCUAAAUUACACGAGCCCAGAGAUGAAAAGUCAAUUGAUAACACGAAAACAACCAACUUCACGGGUGCAAAAUUAAUUUAUAAAAAUACAGAGGUACCCCAAGAUUUGAUGGCACAAUCGAUCGGUGAUGUUCGUACAAAACCGGGACGAGGAGAACCGACCCUGAGCAUUUCAUGUAGCGACAAGCUCGCCAAAUGGAAUGUGCUGGGACUUCAAGGAGCUCUGAUCUAUUCGUUGUUAGACAAACCAAUUUAUUAUAGUAGCAUAACUUUGUGUGAUCAUCAGCACUGUGACAUAGAAGCGGCGAAAAGAGCCAUUUGGAAACGGUUUACUAAUACAAAAUUCUCCCCUGAGAAACCAUUCACUGUGAAUCAACCGCUGAUUCAGAUGAGUCGCGGUAAAAAAUUCAAGUAUGAAAGAAAUAUGGAUCGAGACCCUGCUCCAGGUUCCAUAGUAUGGUCGAAGUUGAAAAAGUGUGUGCAUCAAGUCUCGGUUAAUGGCAAACUCCAAGGUGCAACAAAGAAAAGUGGCGGUCGUCUGAAAAUAUCGAAAAUUGAACUGUUCCGUUGUUAUUUCGAAAUUUUGAAGAAAUUUAAUGACAAAUUAAAUAUAUUCGAAGGAGACGUGGAUUUCACUUCUCUUCGAUACUGUGAUGCGAAGAGCCAGUCUACGGAAUAUCAACAAGUGUGGAAGAAUUUGAAAAGAGAUUAUUUUAAAGUUUGGGCAACGAAACCAUCAGAAAUAAAUAUGUUCAUCAUUAGCUGAACACUCAAAGCAAUUCUGAUAUAUAACUGUUAAAUUUUUAAUAAAAACCAAUAAUAGUUACCAAACUUCAACGUGUAAGAUUUUAGGUUUAAAUAUUUACAAAGAUACAUAUACUACCUAGGGGGAGACACGAAACUUAAAUUAGUAAAAUUAGAACAUUAUUCAACGAUAAUAGGAAAAAUAGAAGAAAUUAGUGAGUUUGGUUUGCCAAUGUUAACGCUUAUGGACGUAUUGUUUAUUGUUUACAAAAUAAUCCCGUUAGGUCUUUCAUAAGCGUUGUAUUGACAGUGUAAUACGCUCUGCAACCGAUUUUACCAGAAAUAAUAGCACAAUAUUAGCACAAUAAAUGUACCAAAACUAGAAAAAUUAGAGAACAUAAAGCAAAAAAUAUAUAAAAUUGAAUGUAACAAGACUUUACUAGAAUUUGUGUCUCGCCCCUACACACAUUGUUGUAUUAAAAUGAAUUAGAAAAUUUAUUUUUUCUACGUUUUAGACAAUUUUGUUUACCACCGUUUGUGUGUUCAUAUUGAGUUGAAACGACAACAGUGUUGGAUAAAAUUAACGUCUGUAUUAAAAUGACGACUUUUUUUGUUUGAAAACAUGAAAAUUUCGAGUCUUCUUUUGUCUCAAUUGUUUAUUCAUCGAUUCAUUCGGCAUCAAUAGAAUAUUUUUUCUUGAGCACAAAACUGAUAUGCAACAUUACACAUGAGGAUUAAAGAGCGAAUAUUUCUGGCGUAGUCUUUCAAUCACAUAUCGCACUCGAUUUAACACGAUUUUAUACAAGUUAAAAUGAUUAAAAUCGACAAACACAACUCGAUCUAAACAGUGACAUCAUUUGUUUUUUUUUCUUCUUAUUAGACAUACAUGCGAUGUAAAGUUGGUGUAUUCAAUGCCUCCAAGGUCAUGGAGAUGCAGUGGAUUUUCUAUUUUCUGUGAAACGUGUGUGUUGGCGUCACAUUCACGAAGCCAUUUCCACAUCAUAACAUCGAGCGAGAUCAUAGAAACGUUGUGAAAUAUAAAUAGCUAAAAGCUUUAAACCGUCCAUCAGUUAGGCACCAAACGUAUAACGGAAAACACAUAGUGGCUUAGAACACUUUCGGAAAAUCAAGUGAAUUUUGUGAAAGAAUUUCUAAAGUAAAGAGUAAUAGUGAAAAUGUCGGCCGUAUCGCCAUAUGGAGCUGUAAUUCCACAAGUUGGGCCCAGUGCACCAGACAAUUUUGAAGUACUAAUUGAUGCAAAACAUUUCGACCCAAGGGAAAUCUCAAUUAAAGUCAACGGCAACAUCAUUUUCAUUGACGCUGAGCAUGUGCAACAGCAACCUGGUUGGCCAGUUAAAUACAUUAAACGAUCCAUCCAUCGUCAAUUCAAUCUACCACCAGGUUUUGAUGGAGCAAAUAUCGUGUCAGGCAUAACUCCAGACGGCAUUCUUUCGGUUAGAUGCCGUGCCGCAAAUUCUACAGGUCACUAUCCUGUCCCCACCCGUUACUGAAAUGAUGUUAAUAAAAUGAAGAAAAAAUUUAUAUGAAUAAAAUAAACAGAAAAACAAAUUGAAUAA